AGAGCGGCGCAUCAGCUGUGCGGUCGUCGUGGAGAGAGAAACUUCUCUCUCCUCCUCCUCUUGUUUUUUAAUUCUCCCGGACAGCCUUUAAUUCCCAGCGGUGCACCCAGCUACCAGCGUUCUCGUCCACAGGCGCGUUCAGAGUAUUUAUCGCCGUUCUGGACCCACCGGGAGAGGAUUUCCCGGCUCUUUUUGACAACUGCAGCGACUCCACCAAGUUUCCCCCCCUCCUCCUCCUCCUCUUCCUCCCGGUUUCUGCCUAAGGAAUGAGAGGAUCGCCGGGGAGGAAGAGCCGAAACUCUCAGGUCUGAGCGAACAAAAGGGACAAAAACGGAGGGAACUGCUGCCGAGAAUGGAGGAAAAGACUUCCCCCGGAGCAACACCUCCGUGCUCGGCCCUAAAAACUACCUGUUUGAGGCCUGACCCAGAGGGAGAAAGCAGCCCCCUGAAGAUGGACAACACGCAGCCGACGGAGUCUCCGGUUAAAAAGGACACGGAUCGAAGACCGACGACCCCCGUGAAACCUGACCUCUCUCGAUCGCCUUGUUCUCCGGCAUCACCAGUGUCCAGGUCAAAAAGAGAUGUGUCGAAGUCGGAGGAGAGACAGAAGCUUGCUAAAGAGCGCCGGGAGGAGAAGGCCAGGUACCUCGAAGAGCUCAGCAAGUUGCAAGCUGCCAAAAAGAACCAGUGGCUGGAGAAGGAGGAGAAGGCGCGGCAGCUGAGGGAGCAGCAGCUGGAGGAGCGUCGCAGGAAGCUGGAGGAGCAGCGGAUCAAAGCCGAGAAACGUCGCGCCGCCCUGGAAGAGAGGCAGAAACAGAAACUGGAGAAGAACAAAGAACGCUACGAGGCAGCAAUCCACAGAUCGACUAAGAAGACGUGGGCAGAAAUCCGCCAGCAGAGAUGCUCAUGGGUCGGCACGGGGUCGCCGAACUCCAGCCAGAAAGAGAGCAGAUGCUCUGUCUCUGCGGUCAACCUGCCCAAACAUGUGGACUCUGUUAUAAACAAGCGACUCUCCAAGUCCUCGGCCACACUCUGGAACUCCCCCAGCAGAAAUCGAAGCCUCGCGCUGACUCCAUGGGAAAGCAGCAUCGUUGACCGGCUGAUGACGCCCACCCUGUCUUUCCUCGCCCGCAGCCGCAGCGCCGCUAGUGUCUUGAGCAAUGGAAAAGAUGGCCACUCUCCUCUAUGCCCUCGUUCGGCCUCAGCCAGCCCCCUCACCCUGUGCGCCCACCAGCCCCACCACCGCUGCUCUGACCGCUGGAGGGUGACGUCGAGCACGCCGGACAUCACUCAGCGGCAGCACAGACGAAGCUCCACACCCAUGGAUAAAAACAAGAAAGAGAAGAGAGACAAAGAACGGGAGAAUGAAAAGGAAAAAAAGGCCAUCACUAAAGAAAAGGUGCUGAAGAAGAGGCAGUCCCUGCCCAGUAUGAGACACAGACCGGAUCCAAGUCCAAGUCCUCUGUCGAGACAGCGACCGGCAUCCCCGGCCACACCCCGGCCCAGAAAUGCUUCUCCCAGCCCUGCCGGCUCCCCAAAGCCCCCGUCGACACGUGGGAGCUCGGCUACCCCUAAAGCCCGACCAAAGAGAGCCAGCACCCCGGCCAGAAUAGACCACCGAACCUCUUCCCCCGCCCCGCUCGAGAGAAUAAAGGAGCCUCGCAGGUCCUCCACUCCAGAGAGACGAAAGAGUUCUCCUGUCCCUCCUGCCAUCACGUUUUCGUCUGCCGCUUCCACGCCUCAAACGCCAAGCAUGGCAGCGGGCUCCAGCGGCGCUCCUUCCCAACCCGAGCCGGUGACUUCGGCAGCGUCUGUUCGCGCCGUGUCGCCUUCACCCUCUCCGUCAGCCAAGCCCAUGGCCGGCACCAACGACCCGGAGGAAGCUGCUCGCAUCCUGGCAGAGAAACGUCGGCAGGCCCGAGAGCAGCGAGAGAGGGAGGAGCAGGAGCGCCGUGAACAGGAGGAGAAGGAGAGGAUCCUGAGAGAGGAGCGAACAGCAAGAGAGGCAGAGGAGAGACAACGCAGGGAAGAGGAGGCCCGAGCCAUGGCUGAGGAGCAGCGGAGGAGGGACGAAGAACAGCGACUGCAGGAAGAGAAGGAGGCUCAGGAGAAGGCCAAAGCUGAGCAGGAGGAGAACCUACGCCUACAGAAACAGAAAGAGGAGGCUGAGGCGAGAGCCCGGGAGGAGGCGGAGAAGCAGCGACUGGAGAGGGAGAAACACUUCCAGAAGGAGGAGCAGGAGAGACUGGAGAGGAAAAAGCGUCUGGAGGAGAUCAUGAAGAGGACACGCAAGACUGAUGGGGGGGAAAAGAAAGAGACUAAAUCCAGUUCAGUCGCUUCGGCCAAUGACGGACAAGCAGAGAGCAGCAAAGGAUCUGCUGACUAUCAGCCGAAACUGGACGGGAGCCUGCAUAACAACAAGGCGGAGAACGGUCAGAGUGACGUCAAAGAAAGCCUCCCGGUGGUUAAUGGCCUCCAGCCCACCAGGCAUGAGAAUGGCAUGUCCUCUAAAGGAGACGCCGCCCACUUCCAAGACUUUGUCCACCUGACAAACCAGGACAACGCCACCAACGGAUCCCGGGACAACUCGGAGACCGGCUCGUCCGCUGAGCCCAUUCUCCCCUUUGACACUGAGGAGUCCUUCGUGAAGAAAGCGGGUCCCAUGAAGCCUCAGCAUGUUGCAGAGGUGCUGUGACAUCUUCCAGUGUUGGAGUGAUCCGGUCGCCUUAGAUUGUCCUGAACCCUGCCAACGUGACCUGUGCCAAUCGUAAAUCUUCAUCUAUGCUCUCAAAUGUAAAGCCGCCGCUCUGAAAAUGAAGGUUCCCACAGAAGAUGAACCAUUCGGGAGAAAAGGCGGAGCGCGCUGCUGCACAAGGAGCACAGGUGCAUCCGUUUCACCAUUUCUAAAGAUCUUCAUGCCACCGAUGCAGGACUCUACGACAUUCAGCGUCAUCCUUGCUUCCUGCUGACUAUAGCACAGAUGAAUAUUGUUUUAUUUGUUCUUUAGUUAUUUAAUGGAAAGAAGAAUAUAAAAGACUGGCCACCACGUCUGUGUGAAUACUGUAAAUGAACUGCGUGUCAGAGGAAGAAGGAACCACUCUGGUGAUUUAAAGCUCUACAAAAGGGAGUCUCGUCUGCCCAGAGCAGAUUGUCAAGUUAUAAUCCAGCUAUUCUACAGCCUGGUUUGUAUAAAGCUACAUGUAGCGUUUUUUUUUGUAAAGUAAAUAGGAAAACAUUUUGAAAUGCAAGCUGAUGAGAAGCGGCUUCUCGCCGUCUGUCCACUAGCUUUGAAUGAUUGUAUGAAAAAGCUGUAUGUACUAAUGAAGUAUUCAUCUCUGUUGCUGUUCAAAACAAAGUCAUCUUCCUACUAAAGGAUUUACUCCUGCCGUAGCCACGUGUCCUCCCACACUUGUUCAAGCAUGACAGUUUUUUCUCUCAUUUGCGUUGAGAUCCACUGAACCUGUAGGUGUUUGAAAAGCUAUUUGUGCUCUAAAUUGACUUUUGCUGUGUUGUAAGGUCAGUGGGAGUAUCCUAAAUCUUAAUAAAGACAGGCAGUCUAUG